AUGACAAAGAAUGUGAAAGCCCCUGCCACUCGCCCGCUGGCGUGCGGCUGGAGCUGGACGGGGCAUGGGUUUGGGAUGCAGUGGACGAUUCUUCUAGCUAACCCUAUGAGCUUUGAAACCACAGCAAUCACUUUCUUCAUCCUUCUUCUAAUUUGCUUCAUUUGCAUCCUCCUUUUAUUGGUGGUUUUUUUAUAUAAAUGUUUCCAAAGCAAGAAAGAUGAAGAGACAGAAAAAAGUCCUUGUACAGAGGCUAAUGGAGGUGAAGAUUGUUUAGCUGCUAAUGCGGAGACAAACAAUUCAGCAGACCAAGAAAAGACUAUCCUAACACCAAUCACGGACUUAAAUGCACCCAUGAGGCCUGGCAUUCUUGUCCAGAGACGGAGUAAAGAAGACACACCCUUAGAAAACAAAGAGAACAUAGAAGAGGAGGAGGACAAAACAAAAGAGAAGCAAGAGCCUAAAAAUGCUGGAGGAAAUGAAGAGGAGCUCGAUGAAGAUUUGCAAAAACCACCCACACCUCUCACUAGAACUCCUUCGGGUGUUGAAAACCACAAAAGACCUUUAAAAGGAGUGACAUUUUCUAGGGAGGUAAUUGUUGUGGACCUUGGGAAGGAAUACCCGAUACCUCGAAGCUAUACUCGAGAACAUAAAGAGAGAAAAUGA